AUGACAGUAAUUGCUGCAACUUAAUCUAAUUCUUUCUCUUAAAAGUAAUAGUUUUAUUGCAAUAAUAAUUUAGAACAAAUAUCUCUUAAUGUAGAUCUUACAUAUGCAACCUAGGUUUUAGUGUAUCUUUACACAAAUAAUGUUUCAUCACAAUUAUUAGUUGGCUUUAAAACAGGUUAUUUCACUUGCCAGAUGCCAUCCCUAUAAAUUGAUAUGAUUUGUAAUAAAAAUGAAUAUUUUCAAGCUUCAACAAAUUAAUGUGUUGUUUGUGAUCAAAAUUGCUCAAAGUGUAAUUCCUAGGGUUAAUGCUUAGACUGUAUAUAAGGCUACUACAUCAAAAAUAAUAUCUGCAUAUCAAAUAAUUAAUAUUUUAUCUAAUAAAUACCACUAAAUUGUUUAAAAGGAUAUUAAUUAAAUAACCAAAAUGAAUGUGUAUCUUGUCCUACAUCUGGAUAGUUGUGUACUCUUUCUCAGGCAGAUCAAUAUAUAAAUUACUGUAAUUAUAAUAAUUAUGACUAGUUUAACGAUUUAAAUUGCAGCUAAUGUAAUAAUGGUUAUUUAAUGAAUUAAAUUUGUGUUAGCUAAUGUCCUAUUUAUUAUUAACCUGAUAUUUAAAAUAUUAACUGCUAGAGUAUCGGAAUAAAUAAUUGCAUUUAAACUUAAAAUAAACUAUGUGUUAAGUGUGAUAGUACUUCUUUAAUAGAUUCAUCAUAAAACUGCAUUAAAAUUAUUUGUACAUCAAAUUGUGCUACUUGCUAAUACAUUAACAGUAAUAAUGUUUGCAUUUUAUGCAAUUCUGGCUAUUAUCUGUAAGAUAAUUAAUGCGUAGCUAAUUCAAAUUGCUAAAAUAACAUCGUUACCAAAAAAAAUGUUUCUAUUUGCUAAAUUUGUGACCCAAGUUACUUUUAAAUAAAUUCUGAUAAAACUUGCACAUUAAAAUAAUACUAUUAUUUAGUUUAAUAAAACGGGAUAUUUUUACCUUAAUCGUGUUCCUAAUGCUUAUAUUAAGAUCAGUGCCCUGAGUGUUAAGUAAGUUCUUCCUGCCUAGUUUAUAGUAAUUAAAAUACAUGUUUGUAUUGUAACACUAAUUAUAUUGUCGAUAAUAAUGGAUAGUGUUAGCAAAAAUCAUCCUUUAUCUCUGAGUACAAUUAAAUAGUUGAUUAUUGUAUUGAAUAUGAUUCUACAUCAACGAAAUGCGCUUCUUGUCUCGUUGGAUACUAUGUUUCAAGUAAUGGAUAGUGUCUUUAGUGCCUCUAUAAACUUUCGGAUACAAACGCUUGUGCUUUUACAUGCCCAUCAGGUUAUUAUACAAACUCAUCUACUUAUGAUUGCUAGAAAUGCUAAGACUCUAAUUGUAGUGUAUGCGAUUCAACAUUAAUUUGUCAGACAUGUAAUCAAAAUUUUCAUUUAUAUAACUCAGUUUGUUAUCAAGAUCAGUGUCUUUCAAAUUAAUAUCGUGAUGACUAAAACUAAAUUUGCUAAAAUUGCUAUUACAGAUGUGCUACUUGUAAUGAAUAAGGUAUUAGUGGUUAUUUUUACAAUGGCAAUGAAGAUUCUGAUUUAAAAAAUUCAUCGGUAGAUAUUAGUAAAUGUUAAGCAUGUGAUUCUUCUUGUAAAGAAUGCUAAGGAACUGCUACCAAUUGCACAGUUUGUCAAUACACUUUAAUGUUAAACUCUUAAAAUAAAUGUGUUGAAACUUGUCCGAAAGGAUAUUAUUAAGAUACUACAACAUUUUAAUGUGUUUUAUGCUCUGACGUUAAUUGCAACACAUGUAAUUCUUCUUUGGUUUGUACUUAUUGCAAUUCUGGUUAUGUUUUAACACCUUAGCAAAUUUGCAGCAAUGCAUGCCAAACAGGUUAUUAUAAUUAAAAUUAAAUUUGUCAAUAAUGUUAAACUUAUUGUUCUUCUUGCCUAUCUCUAAACAAUUGUUUAAUAUGUGAGUAAAAUUAUGAUCUUAUAAAUGGUUAGUGUGACCAAAAAUGUAGUAAAUCAUAAUAUAGGGAUUAAUAAACACUUAAAUGCAUGUAAUGUGAUAGUUCAUGCCUAACAUGUAAUGGGCCUUUAAAUAUAAAUUGUUUAUCGUGUUCACCUAAAUUAACCAUGAGUUCUAUAGGGAAGUGCACAAUUUGUGACGAAGGAGAGUUUUAUCAAAAGAAUGAGUAGCAAGAUAUUUAAAAUGACACAAUUGAUUAUUUAUCUUGUAAAAAAUGUGAUUCAUCUUGCUAGUACUGCAACGGAUUAACUAAAUAUGAUUGUGUUACCUGCAUGAGUGGAUUAUUUUAUGAUUAAAUAAAUAAAAUUUGCACUACAAAAUCAGAAAUCGAAUCAGAAUAGUCUUAAUCCUAAGAAUGCUAGGAUUUGUAAAUACAAACUCAAAGUUUAAGUGAUUGUGAGAGUGAGUUAGGACAAAUAGAUCUACUUUCUAGUUUAAACUAAAUAAACACUAUAGGAUUAGUUUCUGGUGGGUUUUUCUUAAGCCUUUUUGUGCCUUAAAUAGGUUGUAUGAUGUGGAGUAAGUUCUUACUUCCUUCAAAAUUCUUAUAUGCAUAACAUACUGGUAGCUAUUCAGGAUCCAAUUUAGUAGUCAAAGAUAUUAUAAUUUGA